ACAAGCAGUUUCUCCAUUCGACAUCCCCAAAAUAAAAUUGCCGAGUGUCAACAGAAACUGAAAGCAGCUCUGAAGAGGAAGUUCAGUCACUUGCACGACGGGAUAACGACAGAUGCAAAUAAGAUAUCGUUGAAUCAAAUCUACACAGAGCUCUACAUCACCGAGGGGGGGAGUGGGGACGUCAACAAGGAGCAUGAAGUGAGGCAGAUCGAGAAGGUGUCGAAGAAAUGUGUGACCCAGGACAAAUCCAUCCACUGCAGCCARCUGUUUGUUCCUCAGCCUGGUAGAGAGCGGCCGAUAAGAACUGUGGUCACAAGGGGGGUGGCUGGGAUUGGGAAAACGGUAUCAGCCAACAAAUUUACUCUGGACUGGGCAGAGGACAGGGGGAACACAGACCUGGAGUUCGUGUUCCCGCUUUCCUUCCGAGAGCUGAAUCUGAUGAGAAAGAAAAGCUUCAGCCUCGUGGAGCUGCUCUGCGUCUUUUUCCCCGAAAUAAAAGACGCGGGAGUCUUUACCAGCUCUCAAAACAAAACGCUCUUCAUCCUGGACGGCCUGGACGAGAGCCGUCUGUAUUUGGACUUCAGCAAAUGUGAAAUAUUAUCAGACGUGACGCAGCCAACGUCCAUCGCUGUCAUCCUGACCAACCUGAUCAGGGGACGACUGCUCCCACUGGCUCUAGUCUGGAUCACGUCUCGCCCCGUGGCCUCCGGCCAGAUCCCUGUGGAGUACAUCGAUCUGGUCACUGAAGUGCGAGGGUUUGACAACCUUCAAAAAGACGAGUACUUCAGGAGGAAAAUUAGCGACACGAGCUUGGCAAGCCGGGUGAUAGCGCACGUGAAAUCCUGCCGCAGUCUYCACAUCAUGUGCCACAUACCGGUCUUCUGCUGGAUGGCGGCGAGCGUUCUCGAGAAGAAGCUGGCGACAAAAGACAGCAAGGAGACGCCCAAGACUCUCACGCAGAUGUACAUCCACUUCCUGUCUUUGUUCGUGGACACCAUGAAGCAGAGCCUCUUAGGAAGAAGGAAGUCCAAUGCUGACUGUGUGAGAGCUAACCUCCUGGCGUUGGGUAAACUGGCUUUCAAAGAGCUCGAGAAGGGCCACCUGAUCUUCUACGAGAGCGACCUCAUCCUUAACGGCAUCGAUGUCUCUCGGGCGUCCACGUUUUCCGGAAUCUACACGCARCUCUUCAACGAGGAGAUGGCGCUGUGUGAGGAGAAGAUGUUCUGCUUCGUGCACCUGAGCGUUCAGGAGUUCUUUGCGGCGUUGUACGUCUACCUCACCUUCCACAACGAAAACACCAACGUCCUCGUCAAGAAGUCGUCCGUUUCGCGCCGCCUCCUCUCCAGGGAGUUGUCAGAGCUCAUCCUCUACAAAGAAGCCGUGGAAAAGGCGCUGCUGUGUGAAAAUGGACAUUUUGACAUCUUCCUUCGCUUCCUGUUGGGCCUGUCGCUCGAGACCAACCAGGCGCUGCUGAAACACCUGAUGAGCAGCAACAGAACACACCAGAAGACAAGAACUGAAAUCAUCAAACACAUAAAGGAGAGGAUCAAGGGUAGCCAGUCCGCAGACCGCUGCCUCAAUCUGUUCCACUGUCUGAAUGAGCUGAACGAUCACUCGCUCGUGGAGGAGAUCCAGAGCUACUUCAGCUCAGGCAUGCUGAACAGAACCAACCUUUCUCCUGCCCAGUGGGCCACACUGGUCUUUGUCUUACUGACCUCUGAGGAAGAACUCAACGUGUUUGACCUGGGGAACUACGCCAGGUCAGAGGAGGGGCUUCUGAGACUGCUGCCUGUGGUGAAAACAGUCCAAGUGGCAAACUUGAAUGCCUGUAACCUCACGGUGACGUGCUGUGAAAACCUGUCCAAUGGCAUCCGCUCGUCCCAAAUCAGGGAGCUGGACCUGAGCAACAACAACCUGACAGACGCAGGACUGAAGCAGCUCUCUGAUGGACUGAAGACCAGCAAACUGGAGACACUCAGACUUAAAACCUGCAACCUGACAGAGGACAGCUCCGACACCCUGGCGUCAGUCAUCAGCUCUACCUGCUGCCAGCUCAGAGUCCUGGAUCUCACAGAYAACGACUUUCAGGAUGCAGGAGUCAGAACCUUUUCUACUGCUCUAGGAAGUCCUCACUGUAAACUGGAACAACUCGUUUUGUGUGGGUGUAGAGUCUCUGAAGAGGGCUGCACUUUCCUGGCCUCUGCACUGAACUCAUCCCACCUCAGAAAACUGGACCUGAGCUUCAACCACCCAGGAGACUCAGGCCUGAUGCUGCUGACGGCUUUGCUGGAGGACCCUCACUGCACUCUGGAUUCACUCAGUGUGGAGCAGUGUGGUGAAUCUAGGAUCCUGCCUGGUCCAAAGAAAUACGCCAACAAACUGACCCUGGACCCAAACACGGCACACGCAGAUCUGUCUCUGUCGGAGGGGAACAGGAAGGCAAYACGUUGGACCAAGCAGCCGUGUCCCUAUCACCCGGACAGGUUCGAUUUCAGGACUCAGGUGUUGUGUAAGGAGGGGCUGGAGGGUCGGUGCUACUGGGAGACAGWGUGGAGCGGGAGGGGCACCGUGGGAGUGACCUACAGACGGAUUUGCAGGAAGGGGGAAGGUUCUGACUGCUGGUUGGGCAGGAAUGACGUCUCCUGGGGUCUGAGCUACACCACAGACGGUUACAGGGUCCUGCACGGAGGCACGAAUGAGGUCGUUCCUGYCUCACCCAGCUCUAAUAGAGUAGGRGUUUACCUCGACUGGCCCUCAGGAACCCUGUCCUUCUACAGGGUCUCUAGUGGUGAGCUCACCCUUCUCCACACUUUCCACACCACCUUCACUGAGCCGGUGUAUCCUGGCUUCCACCUGGCCUGGGUGGACUCCACCAUACAGUUAUGCUGA